AUUUUUAUGAGUAACCCAUUGUUUGUUUCACUUUUGUGAUCAUGCAUGAAGCUUUAUUUUCAUGCAUCCUUCAUUCCAUGUGUAUUUUGAUAUGUGUUUAUCUUCUUUUUAUAUAAUGGCUUGCUGACUUGCUUUUAUUCUGAUUCAUGAAGUAGCAAGUUGAUUUUUCCUGGUAUUUUCAUUUCUCUCCCACCUUCACUUCUCCACAGUUUACAGAAAAGCCUUGUAGUUGUUGGAAGUGCUAAACUCAUACCUGAAGUGGGUGGUGGGGCACCACCCUUUAAAUAGAUAAACAUGCUUUCCUUGGUCGUUGGAUUCCAGAAUUGACAUUCAGCUAACUUAUUUCUUCAAAUGGCUCUUCCGAAAGAUUGUUGUUGGUUGUUAAGCCUUUACUAUCUGCUGCUGGGAGUCAUUCCCUCUCCAGAAUGCUUAAUUCAGUUUCGUUUACCCUCUUUGUGUACUGCAGAUAGUGAUCUUACCAAAUUUAAUUCGUGCGAACAUGGAUGAAUCCAAAUACUUUCUCUAGCAAGCUACAAAUUUGUAAAAUUUGUCAAUUUAUACGGUCCCAUAGCUUUUAUAUGAUUUAUAUCCUUUUGUUAAUCUUAUUCAGUUUAAUGUCCUAUCUGUGUAGAUUAUGCACAUUAGAACCUAAGAUCAGUGGACUUAUUUGUUUUCUCAUCUAAAACAACUCUCUGAUAUGCACUAUUAUCGAACUCAAUUAUAAAUAAGAUUGCUGCAUUAUAGGUGAAAUAUGUAAUAUAAGAUUGGCUUUUUAUAAUCUACAAAAUAGAGUUUAAAUCCUAUAAUCAGCUUAAAACAUAUCACUGUAACUAAUAAAUGUACAUGGUUCGUUUCCCAUAUAUGUUUGUUUGUUGCGCCCAUUGAGAAGUUUGCUGAAAUGGACAAAAGAUUUAAACCUAGGACUUCUAAAUCAAAUUUGUAUGUACGAAUUAUGUCUCCUUAUCGAGGGGUUUCCUUUUCCAUUAUGUGUUGAAGAAAUAUUUAGUGCACAGAUCUUUGCUAAUGAAUGCCAGUCUUUCUGUUUAUGGCUAAUUGUCAAUUGUAAACAUUGUCAAUAGUGCAGCUUUUCAUCUUCUUUUUCCAAUUUUUUUUAUUUUUCUUAUUCAUGUUGAUCCUGCUGUCUUUGAUGUUCUAUAACAUGUAGCUUGAGAUCAACAUGGUCAAUUAGUCUUGUGAUAUACUAAAGGCAAAAGUACCAUUGGCUUCAUUUUAUGUUAUGGUUGCAAUAUUUCACCUAUUAAUUUGUUAUUUUGUUUAUUGUAGCAUUAAGGUUAAUCCUUUGACUAAAGAGCCUACUUUGUGUUAUUCAUUGAACAUUGCUUACGAAACUCAACUUUCCUAAGUGCUUCUUUCAGCAACAUUAUCCCCUAAAUUUGCUGAAAGAUCAUUAGUUUCUUAAGCAAGAUCUCUCUUAUUCCUAGACCAUCACAAAUCUGUCUUUUGUAGUGUUGUGUCAUUGUAUAUUGGGAUUUUCGAUAGUUUGUUCUUUUAAACUAUCAGAUACAAUGCUCUCGUGGCUCUAAUUUUUAGACUGUUAAUCUACAUCCAAAGAAUAUUAUUCAAGUUGUUGCAUGGAGAUUCUAUUUUAUUUGUCCUUCAAGUCAUGAUCAAUGACCUAAAGUGGACAACUCUAGCUUUUUAGCAUCUUUGGGGCACUGCAUUAGGUUUGGGCAUGUAAUUUGGUGAUAGCACAAUCUGCAUUGCUGUCUAUGUCUUCUGAAUAGAUGUAAUAUUGUAGAAGUGGGAGUAGCAUUUUUGUGUUUUUAUAAUAACAUCUGUGGUCUGCUUGAAGCAAUUGUAUUUCUGAUGAACCUUCAACUGGUAACAACUUUCCUUUUUUCUUUAAUCAUAUUUAAAUAAAACUCCGUUACCUAGCAUGGUUGUGUUUAUUGGUCAUGUUAAUUUCACAUGACAGAACAAAGAACUCAUUUCCAGAAGUUAGCAAAGAGCGGUUGAUAAACUUGUAUACCGUGCUGAGAUGUGGCUAGAAAACUUUGUUUGCUGGAGAAAUUGUCUGACUCGACUGAUAUUGUACCAUGGAAUCUCUGGUUCAGGCUACAAAUUCACUCAUGCGAUCAGAAUCCUUCACUGCAUCAAGUAGGAUACCCAACAGUGACCAGCGCUUCCUCCUUUACUUUGUUAUGGGCACCUACUUUGGGCCUGAUCUGAAAGAGGAGUGCCCACAAAAGUCAAUUUUGCAAAGGAAAGCUGAGGGCCUCCCAACAUAUACUUCAGAUCACCUAGCUGGUUCACACAUGAAAACAGUAGAAAUGGAGCGGGUUUACUAUUAUGCACUUCGGAAGGCAGAAAAGUCUCUUGCUGUCAAGUUACCGCUGUUGCAUCAUUUCUUCCAAGGCACCAUACCUACCUCUUGGAAUGAUCCCUGUGUUGUUUAUCCUCAAUUUCCUGAACUCUUUCCUCCCCAACUGCAUCCUCAUUCACGGUUCAAAAAUAAGUAUAAAAUCAUUGAAAACAUCAUAUUCAUUAAUGAUCCAAAUACCUCUUACAAUAAGCCAGAUGACAUUGAAAGGUUUAAGAAGCUAACUGGGCUUGAAAAUCUUCUAUUGGAUCGAGAUGUAGCAAGAUUCCAUACAUUUGGGGUGCAGGAUGCUGAACCUGUUGGAGAAUUCCCUCCUGCCAAGCCUUCUCAUAGUUCUCGCAAUCGCAAUGCAAAACGUCCUGCUAGCACCUUGCAAACCGAGGACCAGUACAUACAUGUGGCACCUUUUAGCAGUGUGCGAUAUAAUGCCCCACCUCCAGUGCAGCGUUAUACAACUCUGCCAAUCAGAAAUAAUACCAGAACUGUGGAGAAUGGCAGUCCAGGAAUGCUCUUUCUUCCUUCAUGCCCAAAGAAAGAAGAGUUGACCAGGAUCAUUGCUGCUGGUAGAAGUGGAUUUGCAUUGACCGGGAGUGCUGCUAUGGGACAGGUGGGACCCAUAAUUGGACUCAUGGACAUUGGUGAAUGUGAGGAUUCAUAUAUGUUUCGCAUAUCUCUGCCUGGGGUGAAAAGAGAUGAGGAGGACUUCAGUUGCGUAGUUGAAAAUGAUGGAAUGGUUCUCAUAAAAGGUGUGACAACAACUGGCGAGAGGACUGUGUACAGGUUCUCACAAGUCUUUGAAAUGCAAUCAAAGAACCUUUGUCCACCAGGGGAGUUCUCUAUUUCGUUUCAACUGCCUGGUCCUGUUAAUCCUAGGCAGUUUUCCGGUAACUUUGGCACAGAUGGGAUUUUGGAGGGGAUCGUGAUGAAACAGAAAGGUGAAAGUUGAUAAGUAGCUUGUUUCCUUGUAGAUAACCUUGCUUAUCAAGCAUAAACUGCUUCUGUGUACUGGUUAACAAUGCAUAGUGUUAGUUCUGGAAUGAUCUUGUGGUAACAUAUAAGAAAUCUUUUGUGCA